AUGGAACCUGAAUAAUUGAUAGAUUAAUUAAAUGAUAUAUUGUUGGCAGACCAUUUCAGAUUUAUAGAGGUUAUAGGAAGAGGCAGUUUUGGUGUAGUAGUGGCUGCGUUUUGUAGUAAUCUAGAUCGAGUGGUGGCAAUAAAAAUAACAUCGAACGUUGAUCAAGAGAACGAAGCCAAUUUGCUUAAAGCUUGUUGCCAUUAUAAUAUUGUUAAACUUUACAAGGUAUGGCAUUUUUUUUCAUUAUAGGUGUUAGUAGCUAAUAAUCAUCUUUAUCUCAUAAUGGAGAGACUGGUCGGUUUAACUCUGGACAAAUUGAUGAAACAAUCUAUAUUGCCAGAAUAAAGCGUUAGAAACUACAUGACUCAAAUUUUAAAUGCUUUGGUGUUCCUUCAUAGAAAGAAUAUUAUCCAUAGAGAUCUCAAGCCAGAAAAUAUCUUUAUUUGUGAAAAUGCAUGCGUUAAAUUAAUAGAUCUAGGCUUAGGAUAAGAGAUUGUGUGUAAAGGAUGUGUCUAUUAAUCUGUUGGUACACCCUAUUUUAUUGCCCCAGAAGUCAUUUUAGGAAAGGAUUAAAGUCAAGCUGUUGAUAUUUUCAGUUUAGGAAUUAUCUUCUAUAUGAUGAUCAACAAUUUGUAACAUCCAUUAUGGGAUGGACAAAUGAGAAAAAGACAUUAUUACUAAUUGAUUUCAAAUGAAUUUUCAAUUAACUUCCCCAAAACUAUGCCUGAGAUGGCAAAAGAUUUUGUGUUGAACACCGUUUAAUUCAGGGCAGAAAACAGGAUGACUGCCUCGUAAUGCUUAGAACAUCCGUGGAUAAAAGGAAAAGCAGUUAAAACUCAUCCCAUGACAACAAGAGAAAUCAUGUUAAGAUACAACAUUUAAUAAAAGCUUUAACAUGUAAUUAAAUCAUUGAUGUUUAUAAAAACUCUUCAAUAAACAUGCGAAGAAGAGAUUCACUACAUCAAAACUAACACUUCCCCUUAGAGAGAUGAGUAGGAAGAGGAUCGAAUCUCUCCUGAAAAUGACUAGUAGAUCACUGCGAGAUUAAGUGUUGAAUUAACCAACAAAAAAUAAAAAUCAUUUAAAUUGCAUGCUAUUCCUCUUAAAAAAGUAAGUUCAUAUAAAGAUCUAGUGACUUUAAGGGAAAAGUAAACAAAUCAAAAGAAAUAUCAAUAUAUGAUAUCAAGGUUUAGAGAGAAAUUGACUAUAGGCAAUCAACUCAACACCAACGGGCAUCAUAAAUUUGAUUCUCCAAUGAGUCAUCGAAAAUUAACUACUCUACCUUCAAUUAAUACUAAUAGGUUAUAAAGAUAAUCAACUUUUAAUUUUAAAAUUUUGUGA